AUGCCAGAUCCAAAGGAGAAUCAAGGAAGUUAUUCGAUGUAUCCCGCAUCGCCUGUGCCUCCUGCAACGCAGAUGCCACCAGCAGCAGCAGCGAACUCGUACCUGUACUCGAAUGCAUACCAUUCGCAGUACAACUAUGGGUAUCCGGUCGGUAUUGAGAUCUACCCAUCACAGACGAUGCAAUACAUGGGGUAUCAUCAGCCGGCCAUGACCUACGGAGGCUACGGCGGGCCCGGACAGGGGGCGGUGCCGGUGAAGAAGAAGUUCUACGGGAACGGCACGAACUACAAGAAGGAGCAGGCGGGCGGCGGAGCGGGCGGCGGGGCCGGCGGGGCGGAGGGGCGGCCGGUGCAGGUGACUAUCAAGAAUCUGUUCAAGUUCGAGUUGGGGAACAGCAACUGCGUGCGCGUUGACGGGCUGAAGAUCGAGUAUCCAAUGUAUGUGAACACGACACCAGAGGAGUUUGCGCAGGCGAAGCUGAAGCGGCACAUGCUGCGACUCGAGGCGCUGAGAGAGUUGGACGGGAGAAAGGCCCCGGUCGCGCGCGAGGAGAAGGACAAGCGGGCUGCUUCGGAACAGAAGCAGCGCGAUGCGCCGGCACCCGGCGGGGCACAUGGCGCUACAAAUGCGGUAGAGAAUGAGAAAGUUGAAAAAAGAGACACACGGAAAGAAGAGCCGCAUGCGCGGAAGGAAGCAGAAGUUCCACAGGCCACGCCGAGGGAGCCAAAGGAGGCAGAUGUAGACACCACGUCGCAGAAAGUAUUCACAUCCCCACGCCGCGAAGACCAGAAACCCUCUGUAGCUUCUCAGAAAAAGCGCGACGACGUGCCUGCUCCCGCCAACACGCCUCUGAAAUCUGAAGAGAAAAAAGGCGAGCCCUCAGGCCGCACGAUGAAGUCUUGGUCGCAGGUUGCCUCGAAUGCUGCUAGCAAGAAGCCAAUACCGGCCAACGUUUCCCUCGCUGCGAAGAAAGAAAAGAGAUAUAUUCCUUCCAGCAUCAAAGGUUCUGAGCCAUUGGGAACAGUGGCACUACGGAUGUGCCUUGAUAAAGACUACAUAAACUAUGUGAGCAGCACCAUGCCGGAAUCCGCAAAAGCUAUCAAGCUUGGUAUCCCACGAGGUAUUAUGAACAAAGGUAAUAUAUGCUUCAUGUCAUCCGUAUUACAGGUCCUUCUAUUUUGUGAGCCUUUUAUUGAGAUGUUAAAUGUUGUUCAUGCGAGAACGGGCGUCAAGUCGUGGACACUGUUACCCCCUCUGCUAGGUUCAUGUCUCGAAUUUUAUAAGGAAUUUGAGAAGUUGCAUGCGGACAAGGACAAAAACGAUAAACAAAGCAACGGUAACGGCAAGUCCGCGAAGGCUAACAGGUCCAGUCAACCCGAUGCUAUCGAUCCAGAGCAUUUCUAUAAGUGCAUUUCAAAGCUGCCAAUGUUUAAGGAUCUUCAGUGGGGCCACCAGGAAGAUGCAGAGGAGUUUUUGACGCAUUUUCUCGAUCAGUUGCACGAAGAAUUUGUGUCAUCGAUCAACUCUUUGAGUUGUAGUGACAUGAUUCAUCUGCUGCAGAGCCUCUCCGAUGACGAUUUGAAGGCGGAAUUCGUUAGGUCUUUGUCCAAGUACAAGCGUGCGGAAUUCAUAAAAAACAUGAGUUCAGAACUUAAGGCGUUGAUUGAUAAAUACGGCAGUGCUUUGGAAUAUGAUACCUCUGAAGGUUCCGAGAAUUCAUCCGAAUGGCAUGAAGUCAGCAAGAAGGGGAAAAAGACAAGGAAUACUGUUAAGAGAACUACGGAACUAGAGCCAUCUCCUAUAAUGUCCAUAUUUGGCGGUGAGUACCGUUCUGUGCUGGACAUUCCCCAGAAUAAGGAAUCGCAUUCUAUUACUCUGGAUCCUUUCUACACCCUGCAUCUGCAUAUAUCCGACCCAGAGGUCAACGAUCUCGAAUCUGCCUUCAAGAAAUUCAGCGACUUUGAAUACUUAUCCUACAAGGCCGAUUCUGGUAACGAUGUAGAAGCAAAAAAACAGGCAUUUUUGGACCGGCUACCGCGUGUUCUAUUAAUACAGUUGAAACGGUUUGAGUUUGUAAACAACAGCUCAGAGAGACGUGAGCUUAUUAACUACAACGCGUACAACGGCCGCAUAGAAAAAAUCCGCAAGUGGAUCAGAUACGAUCAGGAGCUGACGAUUCCUAAGGAGGCUUUAUCCUCGGUGAAUGCGAAGUUUUAUCUAUCCGGUAAGGAUACUACCUAUAGAUUAACUGGUGUUGUGUAUCAUCACGGGUUGUCCCCCAGCGGAGGACACUACACCGCGGAUGUCCUACAUCAGACACAGGAUAAAUGGUACAGGAUCGAUGAUAAUAACGUUACAGAAAUCAGACAGGAGGAUGUUUUCAAGCGUGGAGACGAAGCAUCAGAUUCCAAGACUGCCUACAUAUUGAUAUACCAAAGGUGA